AUGAGAGGUCUAGCAAGUAGUCGGUCGGCGCCGCGUCUGCCCCGAGCGGGAGACGCCGCACCGGCAAGGGCAAGGGGGGCAAGGGCGCUGGAGGGGUUGGCGGGGGCGGUGGAGGUGGUGGUGGAGGCAGUGGAGGGGGUGGGGGUGGUGGUGGGAGUGGUGGCGGGGGUGGCAGCGGCGGCGGCAGCAGUGGAGGCAGAGGAGGCGGCGGUGGUGGCGGAGGGAGCGGAGGCGGCGGAGGUGGCGGAGGAGGCGGAGGUGGAGGAGGCGGCGGAGGCGGUGGUGGAGCGGGUCGCGACUCUGCGCAGAAGAGUGGGUCGGGUGGUGGUCCACGCUAGCAGCAGCGGAGUGGUGUCACCCUGA